AUGAGUCCCUCUGCUCUUCACCCCAACCACCAGAAGCUCAUUGACCGAGCUAAAGAGUUCAUUGCUGAGAUUGAAGGAGAAACUCCUGGCAAUGAGCUCGAAGCUAGACUAAACAGCCAGUUUGGACCUGGAACUCCCUACUACGACGACUUCAGCAGCUUAAUCAAACAAGGUCUAGCUAACAACGAGGGCUGGGUUUCAAAAGAAGGCGUUGAUGGAGCCAACUUCCGACUCUGCGAUAUUAGCCCCCCGUCAGAAGACACCAAGUUUUUCAGCAUUCUAACCGUUUACCUGGAGAACGACGGAUAUGAGCACAUUGCGCACGUUCACCCGUACGGUGAACUCAACUGCGUCAUUCAGCUCGAUCCCACUGCGGAGAUGAAGGGAGUUAAUGGCUGGCAGGGCGCAGGCUGGACGUCACCGUACCCCGGAUCUCACCAUGCUCCCUCAGUGCGCGGAGGUGGCUUGGUGGCUCUUGUCUUCCUGCCUGCGGGUCGCCUGGCUUUCAAGGAGCUCAAGGACCCUCGAGACUUCUAA